CUCAGACACCUUGCUGGUCUGCAUUCAAAAGACGGUUCGAGGCAGCAGAAUAAAUGUCAGAGCUGAGAGACCCGUUGGCUGUCCCAAAUUCCUUGGUCUCUCUGCUGCUCUGAGUGUUUCGGGGGCUGCCUUCAGCCACAAUUUGAAGCAGACCUCCAUGGCACAUUGAUUGCAUUCGGGCACGCCCACGACGCCUCACACUAUCACCAUGGAGCUCCCCCAAUCUCAAGAUCCAAUUGAGGAGCUCAUCACAAACUACAAUGAACUCAACAGCCCUAUCGUCGAGGAGCUCACCGAGGAGCCGAGCCCGCUCGAAUUCAUGAGAUUCGUUGCGCGGAACACGCCUUUCGUCGUGAGGGGUGCCGCAGCCGACUGGCAGGCUACUAGGACAUGGACUGUCGACUUUCUGACACAGUAUCUGGGCGAUCAGCUUGUCAAUGUUGCUGUAACGCCGGCGGGCAACGCAGACGCCCCGACACCCUUCACCAACCCGGACGGUACCACCACCCUCGUCCUGGCCAAACCGCACGAAGAAUACCAGCCCUUCAGCGCCUUCCUCUCCUACCUCACCGCCCAAGAAAAAGCAACAAAAGCCACUGUUCCUCCCCCAUCCCCAUCUCCUUCCUCCUCACCCCCUUCCCCUUCCUCCUCAACCCCCUCUGCAGAAGCCCACCACCACCGGGGGGAACCCGAAGAGGUGCGCUACGCCCAGACGCAAAACGACAACCUGCGCCACGAGUACCGGCGCCUGCAGGCGCACGUGCCGCGCGACAUCGCCUUCGCGCGCGUCGCGCUGGCCGCGGGCGCCCGCGGCGGGGGUCCCGACGCCGUCAACCUGUGGAUCGGCAACUCGCGCUCCGUCACCGCCCUGCACCGCGACGCCUACGAGAACCUGUACGUCCAGGUCGCCGGCCGCAAGCACUUCACGCUGCUGCCGCCCGCGUUCCAGCCCGGCGUGAACGAGCGGCUGCUCAGGGGCGCGCGGUACAGGCGGGUGGUUGGCGCCGCGGGGGAUGGGCGCCGCGGCGGCGGCGGCGGCGGGUUGGAGUUGGUGCUGGACGAGGACCUGGAGGAGGCCGACCAGGAGGAGGAGGAGGAGGGGAAGAAGGGGAUGGUGCCGUUUCCGACCUGGGAUCCGGAUCGGCCGGAGGAGAACGCGACGAGGUAUUCGAGGUUGGCGCAGCCUAUGAGGGUGACGUUGGAGCCCGGGGAUAUGCUGUAUCUGCCUUGCUUGUGGUAUCACAAGGUCUCGCAGAGUUGCUCGCCCGAAGGGGUGUGCAUUGCCGUCAACUACUGGUACGACAUGGACUUCACCGGCCCGCUCUACCCGUUGAGCACAUUUGUCAGGUCAGUAUCCAGCAAGACAGAUAGCAGCUGCAAAGACGACGGCGGUACCGUUCCCCCCUAAACAUGUGGUAUUCCAAACUCUAAAGCCGGCCGUGGCAUCUGGUAUGAAGC